CCGUGUCAGCGCAGGGAUCUUUUUUUUUUUGUCAUGGAUGAGUCUACUUCGUGCGUGGCCCACAUGCGGUCACAAAGGUCUUUAUCUGAUGACCCAUGUUCACAAAAUCAACAAAACAGUUGUACCGCCGCGCUAAGCUGCGAGUAUGCCAAAACGGUAAAACUCCAGCUCUAGUAAUGACCGAGCAAAAGCUGAAGCCUUGAGCGCUUUUUUUAGCUCAGACAAACAUAAUUUCUUCGAAAGUGAAACACCUCGACCCGUUCUCGCUACUGUGCGUAGAAGCAGGCGUGCGCAAGCUGCUUGCAAUUUCUAUACUUCUCUGUCCAAAUAAAAAAAAGCCCAAGCGACCUGCCCCGUUCAUGAUGAUUCCCCGCGCGCCAACGCGGAUAAAGCUCGUGCUGGAAGAUGCUCAGGAGUAUGGUAAGUGGUUAAAGCAAAAGGGCGGACAUCAAGCUGCAGGAAUUGUUCACAGCGCUUCUUCAUCUUCUUCUGGAGGCUGCAACGUCAUCAAUCCUGACAGCAACGAACCCAUGAACAGCAACGGCGCAAACCUCCCCCCACACCAGCGCAUCUUCGGUGGAGGAGGAACCGCAUUACAACACGGCGAUCACGGAACAAUUAUAGCACCCAAUACGACCCGCGGCCCCGCAGGCGUUGUAAUCCAGCAACGCCAGCAACACGGUAGUAGAACCGGCGCCUUCGGAGGCGCAUUCAUCGGGAGCAGCAACUUUGGAGGCAGUGCCAGCGACGACAUGAUCAGCGAAAUCCCGCACGAGGCGGAGUACCACGGGGUUUUGCGCAGAGGACAACUGUUGCAGCCACCAGGAAUGGGUAACACCUUUUCUAAUCAGGGUCACCACCAUCAGCAGAGACCAAGCAGGAACCGCAAUGGUGCCGGGAUUGCGGACGACGAAGACGACGUGGAGGCUAUGCUCUUGAAUGACCAAGCGAUGAUGAUGGAUGACCGCAGCCAGAUGGAGGACAUUAUCAAAGUGAAAAAAGCCCCCACCCCAUAUCGGAAACGGAAGAUGCGCGAAUUUGUGAUGCUGUAUUCGAGUACACAAAUCGACUUGUAUUGCUAGAAGUCCAAGCGACGAAGCUGCGGCCUAAAUUGCAGGCAAUCUGUCAUGCUGUUUCCCACUUCCAGUUGCCUCCUGUCAUCCUGGAGCUGCAAGGCUUUCCCACGCUUGGCAGCACUACAGUCCGCAUCUUUUGCGUUCUAGCAUCACAAAGCUGAUUUGUGACCACAAAUCUGCAUCACAGAUUUCCGCUUUGAUAUGGGGAGGGGGCAUUUUUCAUUGUAAUAGACAUCUCGCAUUCCUUAGAGGAGUUCGGACAACCAAAUCCCGGAAGCGCGUCCAACAUCGAGCACCACAACAUCAUGCAAGGCUUCAGUGCCUCCGAAGCGGACAGCAGCGGGGGCACACCGUUAGUUAGCCCGGGGGAUGUGGUGGUAGUGCAACCUUCCGAUGGAGGUGGACCGAUGGGUCAGCAGCAGCAGCAGGAACUACCACCACAACCACUCCAACAGCAGCUACAUCAUGUUCCUGCGAGUACUUCUAUACUAAGCUCGGAGGAGGAGCGCCGGGUGCAGGAACUCCUCGGUUUAGGAUUUGCACGACAAGACGCGGAACGAGCGUUGCGGAUGGUAGAGGGAGACGUGCAAAGGGCUGCUGCGCUGCUGAUGGACAAUUGACACUGACAAGAUGGAUUUGUUGAUUGGCUGCACUUCUUCUUCAACACAAAGCUGAACAGGACAAGCCGAAGGGGGCGUUGUUCUCCGCUCUCACUGCCGGGUCUGUUCUUUCUCGCGACAUGAUGGCAAGAAUCGCAAAAAGUGCUAGAAGUGCACAACUUCAGGCUUUCGUUUAUUUUUGAAGCACAGGAAUCAGAAUCUCCACAAUGUUCGC